GCUUUUGCACACAACACUCAAAACAAAUACAUUUGUAGUACUAUAUCAUCCUCUACUAUUUCUAUCGAUCUUUACUCAAUUUUUGUAACAAUGGAAAUGUUUGGCAAAAUUGCAUGCUUUGUGCUUUUGUGCAUGGUGGUGGUUGCACCCCAUGCAGAGGCACUGAGCUGCGGCGAGGUUACAUCUGGCUUGGCUCCUUGCCUCCCUUAUCUUCAAGGAAGCGGUCCUAUCGGAGGGUGUUGUGGUGGUGUUAAGGGUCUUUUGGGUGCAGCCAAGACCCCAGAAGACCGGAAAACAGCAUGCACUUGCCUUAAGUCGGCAGCUAAUUCUAUUAAGGGAAUUGAUACGGGAAAAGCCGCUGGUCUCCCUGGAGUUUGUGGAGUCAGCAUUCCUUACAAGAUCAGCCCUUCCACUGAUUGCUCCAAGGUCCAGUAAGGUUGAUGAAAUUAAAGAUAAGUCUAUAUAUAGCUUGCAGAGAUGAAGAAUAAGAUGGAUAUAUAUCGAUCGAGUUUGAUCCAUCAUUAUAUAUGUUGUCUCUUUUCUUUUGUAUUUGUGUCUGUUGGAGUACUUAUAUAUUGUAGUCUUGUAAUGAACAUUGGUGGUUGCUUGUGUUACAACCCAAUCUUCAUAUAGUAAUACAUGAUAUUUUCUUCUUUAAACUU